GCUUGGAGCUUUGCAGCUGCUCAUUCUGCUGUUGCAAACGCUCGUUGCUGCCAAGCCUCAUCUUUGUUUUGGCCGGUAAACACACCGCAAAACCCUCACAAUGGCCAACGACAUCCGCCGGUCGCGCUCCAACACUUCCAUCUCGACCAAGAGCAAUCGCCCAAUAUCACGCGCAUCCACUGCGAGCAUACAUUCGUUUGACCAACACGACCACUCGCAACGCAAUCAUCCUCACGUCCACCCACACGCACAUGCACACGCCCAUGCACGCUUCCCACAACAUCAGCAUCCCGCACACAGCUUUCCUCCACAGUACAACACAACAUUUGCGCCCCUCGAGCCUGCCCUACUGCAAGCCGCCCAACAUGCCAGUCAGCAGGACCUCUCCAUGGACUCGGUGCAACAGUUGAUGGCAUUCUCGGCCGACGGCAGCGCGCCACCCCAGCAACCCAACCUCGCGCACCAAGCGUUCGACCCAAACCAAGCUGCUCUCAUGAUGCAGGGAUCCAUGAUCCAGCGACAGCCAUCCGUUGUCUCCAUCGGUCCCUCUUUGGACGCCGAAGAGAUCAAUGGCAAGAAGAAGAAGGGCUCCGCGUCAGGGAGCGCGACCAACGAUAAGGAACUGAGAGAAAUGCUUUCGCGAAACGAUGGCCGCGCGUUGAAAGACGUUGCUGCAGAAGUUAUUGCCACAGACAGGACAUCAAAAGCUGAGAAAUCAAAACAGCUCUUCGCCAUGCUCUGGUUGAAAUCGGUUUGCAAAACAGCAAAGACGUCCGUCCCACGUAACCGUGUGUACUCGAAAUACGCAGAAAGAUGCGGUACAGAACGUGUCAUCCCUCUCAAUCCAGCCUCGUUUGGCAAACUCGUGCGCGUCAUCUUCCCGGGCAUCCAAACGCGACGACUCGGUGUUCGAGGAGAGUCCAAGUACCAUUAUGUGGAUCUUGCGCUCAUCAACGACAGUGGAGAUGCUGCAGAUGGUCUUCGUUCCGUCACUGGACAGUCGGCACCGGGCCUGCUCAGGCGCCAGAGCUCAUCGACUCCCAAAAUCGACUUCAAUUCCAUGCCACGAUUACCCGCCGACACUGCUGCCUUCCCCACACAAGACCAAGCGUUUGAUUCGCAAAGUAGUUUCUUUUCGCAAUCUACCUCUCGGGGACGCCUCUUCACCGACAUAUACUCAGAGCAAUUCCGUGCCAAUAACAGCCGGAACACACCGAUGUGGGAGUACGACCUCAAAUUCGCCACGCCAGAACAAAUGGCACCCGAAGACAACGUCUCGAUUGUCUUGCCCGACAUAACACCUUAUCUACCUCCUAAAACAGAUUCAGACGCUGCGGAGGCUUUGGUCGCGCUUUAUCGCACCCACUGUACCUCGCUCAUCGACUCGGUCCGUUACUGCAAGGAGAAACAAUUCUUCCGUCUAUUCACCUCAUUCCAUGGCACAUUGACCGUGCCUGUUCAAAAACUAUUCGCACAACCAGAGAUCGCUCCUUGGAUAAGAGAAUGCGAUUGGAUGAUGUACCAGAAGAUGAUCCGCAAUGUCUCCCAGCUCACAUUACAAGUCGCGCCCCCUCCCGUACUCAAAUUUCUCGACAAUGUCUCUAAGAUGCUCUAUCCUCAUCUAAACAAGAUCUUCUGCAACCUACCAAACCAUACUCUCGAAGCGCGAUUGGAGCCAGCCACAUUAUUCUCUCAUCUUCUUCGACAGAUGCUCCGUGUGAAUUCGACGGCACAUGCUGCCGCAGUCAUGUUGAUGGCCGACAGCAACCGCGAGCAGAUGUGGGGAGACUGGAAAGCGUAUGUUAACAUCAAGCGGAUCAUCGAGAACGAGCUACCCUCAUCAUGUGGGCACGAGGACGUGCUCAACAUCCUCUCCACGGAGAUUCGCGCGCUACUUCUUCCCCUGCCGAGCGAAACCUGGCUUCCAACUGGCGUCCUUCUUAGAGAGCCAAUGCCAGAUAUACCCGACCUUACAAACGAGACCGUCAUCGACCGUAUCGCAGCGUUUCUUACUAGACUUCCUUCAAGAUUUCCACACGCUCCUGCUCGUAUCAUCCUGCACUGUGUCAAUGCCCUCGGAUCUGCCGCGCUCCGUGAGAUCACUGUCGAGAACGGCCAGAGCUUCCAAGGAUGGUGGCUCACGAAAGUUUUCAUCGAUGAGAUGGGCCAGUGGCUUGCCUCCUUGGGUGGUUUCCUCGACCACGCACCACCUAACCACAACGCUAUGGCCUACUCGCCAGGGCUGAUGGGUGAUUCAAUGACCACAGACAUUGCCAACGGUGGAACUGGAAGCAAUGCCGAGAGCCGGUAUAGCAGCAUAGACGCGGACUUUGGGCCAAACCAAAGUUUUAUGAGUACUAACACUGUUAGCAUGCCGGUUGGAGGCAGCAUGAAUUCCGAAAUCAAUACUCGACGAUAUCCUGAACGGUACGAUCAAGUGAGCUUCAAUCUCGAUUUGGACCUUGCAACCUCCCAACAGGAGCCCAACCACGACGACAGCGGCAUUCACCUAGACGAUGGGAUCGAUGCCAAAUUUGCGUCCGCCAUGCGAUCACACCUCUCGCAGCUCCCCGCUGGUGCCAGCUAGACCCGAGCGCCUCAUCAAUCCCUCAUCACCGCGCCACCGCUCACACAACCUCUUUGAAGAUGGCCACAUCCUCGACCCGCUCUUCUUAUGCAUCACGACGUCUCCGAAGUCACGAAUCUCCACAAUAAAAGCUGGGCAGGCCUCCGGGAACGUCUCUGUUUAUAA